AUGAUGUCGUUGAACGUCGCGCUAAUCCCCGUCGGGUUCUCGAAGAUUUGGUGCCGGCUCCACUCAAUAAGGCCGCCGUCGCGCGACAUGUGCGCCCCUGUCGCGGCGACCAGCUCCGUCUUCAGCUGUUCGUACAGCCGCGUGUCCUUCUCGUCGCACACAAAUUGGCGGAUGUACACCGUGUUGCCGCGUAAUAUGGAGCCGAAGUCGUCGCACAGCUGA